AUGAGAGCAAUACGCUCCCUCCUCGUGCUCUCCCUCAGCUCCCUCUCUCUCCCCACCUUCACCAACGCGUUCCUCCAUCCAUGCAACUACUUCCCAGCUCCUCGCCAGCGCCAGCUCAUGUACGGGAGGAGGAGCAUGGCAGGCAGACAUUCGCUGCCUCGUGUGUCUUGCCAGAAGGCGCAGGCAGAGAGAGAGCGCGUGCUCAUUGACAGGGCUUCCAACAUGAAACGACUGAGAGCGAAGGAGGAGGGGAAGGAGGAGCGGGGAUCGACGAUUGUCGACGAGGGAAGGAGGAUAGUCUUCCUCUGCUGUCUCGUGGGAGCCGUCUCCUCCCUCGAUCGCCAGGCCAUGAGCAUCGCCAUUGUACCGAUGAGCGGCGACUUCGGGUACACAGAGACAGUCAAGGGCUCCAUCAGUUCUAUCUUUUCCUUGGGGUACACCCUUGCCCUCCCUCCCCUCGGCCUCGCUCAGCAGCUCUCCUCGCCUCGCCUCCUCCUCGCCUCCGGCGUUGCCAGCUGGUCGCUCUUCACCCUGCUCACUCCGCUGGCGGCUGAGCAAGGGGUCAGCUACCUGCUAGCUGCACGAGGAGGACAAAGCUGA